AUGUCGCUGCCUUCCGGUAAUCCUCCCACGAUGCUGUCUGUGAACCCGCCGUUCCGACACGCCCACGUGGGCUCGUUCCUUCGUCCGGCGUCGAUCCACACGGCCCGCUCCUCGUUUGCCGCCGGCUCGAUUUCCGCCGCGGAGCUGCGUACGAUCGAAGACCGCGAGAUCGCGUCGCACGUGCACGAGCUGCUCGAGAACGGCGUGCAGGAGAUCACCGACGGCGAGUUUCGUCGCGAGUACUUCCACCUCGACUUCCUCAAGCACAUCGAGGGGAUUACGAUCAGCAAGAACACGCUCGAGCAGAAGGAGGGCCGUGUACCUCCAACGCUCAGUGUGACGGGUAAGCUGAGGCAUACGCACGACAUCGAGGUGGACAACUUCAAGUACCUCCAGAGCCUCGUCCCCGCGUCCGAGGUCAAGAGGAUCAAGAUCACCAUCCCCAGCCCGACCAUGUGCCACUUUAGGGGCGGUCGUGCCGCCAUCAGUAGCGAGGCGUAUCCGGACUUGGAGCAGUUCUUUAGCGACUUGGCGGCGGUGUACAGAAAGGAGAUCGCUGCGCUGUACGCUGCUGGAUGUCGAUACAUCCAGCUGGACGAUACCAACCUCGCCUACCUUACCGAUGAGACGAUGCGAAGUCAAGCAGCAUCUCGAGGCGAGGACCUGGACAAGCUCCCGCUAGACUACGCGCGAUUGAUCAAUGCCAGUCUGGCCGACAAGCCGGGCGACAUGGUGGCGGCAAUCCAUCUGUGCAAGGGCAACUUCCGAUCGCAGUUCUUCGCCCAGGGCAGCGAGGACGGAUACAACCCCAUCGCCAAGGUCCUCUUCCAGCAGCUCAACGUCAACGCCUUCUUCCUCGAGUGGGAAGACAGCCGUUCCGGCAAAGACUUUUCGGCUCUUCAACACCUGCCCCCCAACAAGGUCGUUGUUCUCGGUUUGGUCUCGUCGAAACACGCAAAGAUGGAGAGCAAGGACGAGCUGGUCAAAAAGAUCAACGACGCUGCAGGCGAGAUCAAGGCCGACGACGGCUUGCGCCAGUUGGCUAUCAGCCCCCAGUGCGGUUUCAGCUCCACCGUCCAUGGAAACGAAAUCACCAAACAGACCCAGUUCGAUAAGCUGCGCCUCUGCAGGGACGUCGCACAGCACGUCUGGAAGGACACCGUCUAA